AUGUCUGUCCAGAGAAAAGAUGCCUUCACCAAAGCUACGGUCCUCGAUGGCUGCCUCUCACGAUGGCGUGAAAAUUUUAGAAAGAUCAGACCACCACAAGACUCAUAUCAAGAAAGGGUUAACUUUGCUGAGCACCGCUUGCAAAGUCUGUGGAGAGACAUACCAUCACAUCCCAGUCCAGACCAACUCUGCUCCAUUCGAGAAACGACUUUGGCGAUUGGAGGUGAGUUGAAAGAGCUCGAGCUCAAUCGUGAGGCUUUCAUAGAGCUCGAGAAGGUCGCGCAUGAUGAGAAAAUGCAAGCACUUCUGCAAUCGCUUUGCGAUGAUGUGGUGAGGACACUUGGCCCGACCGUAGUGCACAGGUCACUUCAGGAACACGACCUCGACGAAGCCAUUCCACUUCAGCCGCCAUCGCCGGUGCAGAAUGCGUUCUUGGAGGAAGACGCGGCAGAUGGUCCCGGGCUAGAGAUUUCUAGAAAACGAAACCAUGAUACCCCUGCUGCGGGCGAAAUACGCAAGCGCGCUCGCACUGAGAUACAACCGUCAGCGAUGGACGAAGGGUCGGCAGCGUUUCGAGACGUGUUCCCAAAAGACAAAGUUUCACCGGGAAAGCCCACGAUAGUCGAAUAUCCACCGAUAAGUGGUAAGUGGUUCAUCCUUCAAUGCGGGGAACAUGGAAUCGCUUUCAAAACCAUCACCGGUGCCGCAAAGCAUAACAGUACAAUACUGCGGGCCAGGAUGCACCGGAUGAUGAAUACGGACAUCCCCGAGGCCGUUUUGGCGGAACAGCAACCCAAAAAAAAGGCCAUACUUCGGCCUCCUCCACCGGUGACCGAUCAGAAACUAAAACGCGCGGCCGUGCUGUGCGAUCAAAACAUGGUGUCAUUGAUCCAGUUCCCGGAGAGCCCUGUCGCUUGGGUUGCUGCCGAAUAUCUCGACAAGUUCGACCCGCACGGUUCAAAGUCAAAACUGUUCCGUAUGUCGAACAUGUACGGAACUUUCUUCAAGAACGUGCCAAGUCGGAACCAAAGGGAGCUGCAGCCAUCGGUGCAGACAAAUGCAAAGGUGCGCGUGCUGAAGUCCAUGAAAGAUACAACCAUGGGGAAUAUGCUCACUAAACGAUUGAAGGACGCAAUUAUCACGACACUGUUUCCGUACUAG